UUGAAAGACGACAUUCUUAUCCAUAAUCUACAGCUAUCGCGUCCAGUCCAGACCAGAGAAAUUGGUCCAUUGCUCUGCUCCGUUCCAGCCGGAGCUCGAAGCUUUGGAAGAAGCCAUGCCAUGUGCGAGGGAUUCUCGCAGGGUUCCAUCGUUUUGAUUCGUUCAGGCGCCCGCUAGAGGCACCAGAUAGAGAUCAACGUGUUCAAGACUAAAAUCGAUUCGCGGAUUUGGCUCAUAUUGGAGAACUUUUUUUUUUUGUGCGAAUUUGGUUUUCUUGCUGAUUAUGGGAACCUUCCCCUGUAACAUUAUCUAUCAACUCCAUCCAAGACAGCCAUUGGUUAAUGGAAUUGCAGAAGGUUCGUGUUAUUGUUACUUGGGAGGCUCAGUUGAGCAAAGACGCAGGGUUUUUAGCUCUCGCAGAAGCUGUUCUCAAUUGGCUGUCGCUGCCGCCAUUGUUGAGAGAGUUCGAGAAACAGGAAGUGAAAUUGAGAAACUGAGGUUUCGGUGGGUCGAGGUGGGCUCUGAUAUUACUGAAACGCAGAAGCAGGCCAUAUCUCGGCUUCCUCCGAAGAUGGCUAAAAGAUGUAAGGCGCUGAUGAGGCAAAUUAUCUGUUUCUCACCUCAGAAGGGUAAUUUAUCAGAUUUGUUGACGGCUUGGGUGAGGAUUAUGAAGCCUAAAAGAGCUGAUUGGCUUUUAGUUCUUAAGCAUUUGAGACUUUUCAAUCAUCCAUUUUACAUCGAGGUGGCAGAAGCUGCUCUUCUAGAGAAAACAUUUGAAGCCAGUACUCGGGAUUUCACGAAAAUUAUUCAUUACUAUGGGAAGCAGAACCGACUAGAAGAUGCGGAAAAAAUUCUCUUAAGCAUGAAAGAAAAGGGUUUUGCUUGUGAUCAAAUAACUUUAACUACAAUGGUCCACAUAUAUAGCAAGGCUGACAAACUUAAUCUGGCCAAACAGACUUUUGAAGAGCUCAAACUGCUUGAGCAACCGUUAGAUAAAAGGUCGUAUGGUGCGAUGAUUAUGGCGUAUAUCAGGGCAGGGAUGCCUCAGGAAGGAGAAAGCAUUCUCAGAGAAAUGGAUGCGAAAGAAAUUUAUGCAGGAAGUGAAGUUUACAAGGCCUUGUUAAGAGCGUACUCCAUGACUGGCAAUGCUGAAGGAGCGCAAAGGGUGUUUGAUGCAAUUCAACUGGCUGCUAUUCCUCCUGAUGAAAAGUUAUGUGGUCUCCUGAUUAAUGCCUAUCUGAUGGCGGGUCAAACUCAGAAGGUGCGAAUUUCGUUUGACAAUAUGAGGAAGGCGGGUCUCGAACCUGUUGACAAAUGCAUAGCUUUGGUAUUAGCUGCAUAUGAAAAGGAGAACAGGCUAAACGCAGCACUGGAACUUCUAAUAGACUUGGAGAAGGAGAACCUCAUGGUUGGAAAGGAAGCUUCAGAAAUUUUGGCAGCCUGGUUUAAAAGACUAGGGGUGAUAGAAGAGGUAGAACUUGUCUUGAGAGAAUAUGCUAUGAAAGGAGCUAGUGGCUAAGGAGGAACCUUGUGAUGAUCAGAACCCAAUCACAGUUAGGCUCGUUUUGGGAGGUAUGGAAAUAAGGAGGCACCAAUACACUGCAUUGAGGAC